AUGGCGCGACCGAACCAGGUUCCGAUGAACAUGAGUAAGGUCAAGGAAAAGUUGCAACGAUAUCAGCAGCUGAAGGCUGCCAAUGUCGCCCACGACGACCCUGAGUUCGUGGACCUCCAGAAUUUCGUCAGGAAGUUCCAAGAGUUCCAGGAAUUCUCGAAGAACAAGGCUGCCAUGUCUCAGCAGCAGAUGAAUGGCGCUGGUGCAAAUGGCAUGCCCAAUGGCGCGCAUGGCCGCACUCCCUCUACCUCUUCCGCCGCUGGUCUCACUCAGCGAGCACCCACCGCCCCUGGUCAGCCCCAAACACCAGUUGCUGGUGCUAAGGCACCCACUGUUGGAAGUGGUCGCUUCACCCAGGAACAGAUCAGCAUAUUCAGAGACCAAGUCACGGCAUUCCGGACACUGGCUCGAAACCAGCCCUUGCCGGCCGAGCUCAUUGAGAAAAUCUUCGCCGACAAGAAACCGAAGGCUCUCACACCCGCACAGAAUGUUUCUUUAGCAGAGAAGGUUGUUGAAAAUGCCAAUAAGAAGACAGCUGGUCAGGCUGAGGAUACUACUGAAAGUGUCAUCCCGGGCAAGGAUUGGUAUGAUGUUGCUAAGCUUCCCGAUGUGCUGCACAAGCCCAUCACCUACGGAAGUCAGCCUUACCGUAUUUCAAAACGGUUCCCGGCCUUCGCUCCUGCCAUCGGCAUCGACAUGCAACAAAUCCGCGCCGACGGCGAACGCAUCUUGUACAACCGAAUCACUUCUCGGAUAAAUGAGCUUGAGCAGCUCUCGGCCAACGUCGGUGCUUGGGAUACCAGCAAGAGCGAUAUGCCCUCCGGCGAUGACUCGACGAAGCUGUCUAUUCUUCUGGAACUCCGAAAGCUGCGUCUGUGGCAGAAGCAGCAGCGCCUUCGCCAGCAACUCCGUAACGAGGAGCUCACCUACAGUGAUCUUCAGGCCCGACCUAACCACGCACACCACCGCCGCAUGAAGAGACCUUCUUUGCGUGAGGCACGAAUCACAGAGAAGCUUGAGAAGCAGCAGCGUGAUGCUCGAGAGACACGAGAGAAGAAGAAGCAGUGGGAUCAGUUGCAGGCGAUCAUCAACCAUGGCGCCGAACUUGCCAACGCCACGAUUCAAAGCCGCACUCGCUCUCAGAAGUUGGGUCGCAUGAUGCUUCAGCACCACCAGCAUAUGGAGCGCGAAGAACAGCGACGAGUGGAGCGUACUGCCAAGCAGCGUCUGCAGGCUCUGAAGGCCAACGACGAGGAGACUUACAUGAAGCUCCUGGGCCAGGCCAAGGAUUCUCGUAUCUCGCACUUGCUGAAACAGACCGAUAAGUUCUUGAAAGAGCUGGCUGCAUCUGUCAAGAGGCAACAACGUAACCAGGCAGAGCGAUACGGUGACGAUGAGGAUCUCGAAGAUGACGAUGAAGAACUCGCUGAUAGCGAGGAGGAUGAGGAAGAGCAGCAAUCUUCCGGCAAGAAGAAGGUCGACUAUUAUGCCGUUGCACAUCGUGUGAAGGAAGAGGUCACCGAGCAGCCUAGCAUCCUCGUUGGUGGUACGCUGAAGGAAUACCAGUUGAAGGGUUUGCAGUGGAUGAUUUCACUGUACAACAACAACCUCAACGGUAUUUUGGCAGAUGAGAUGGGUCUUGGAAAGACCAUCCAAACCAUCAGUUUGAUCACGUACAUUAUAGAGAAGAAGCGGAACAACGGGCCGUUCUUGGUCAUCGUGCCUUUGAGUACAUUGACCAACUGGAACAUUGAGUUCGACAAGUGGGCGCCUUCGGUCAGCAAGGUCGUCUACAAGGGUCCUCCCAAUGCACGCAAGCAACAACAACAGCAGAUUCGCUGGGGCAACUUCCAGGUCCUUCUCACGACCUACGAGUAUAUUAUUAAGGAUCGACCUAUACUCAGCAAGGUGAAGUGGACGCAUAUGAUUAUCGAUGAAGGUCACCGUAUGAAGAACAGCAACUCCAAGCUGAGCAGUACUCUCUCACAGUACUACGUCAGUCGUUACCGCUUGAUUCUUACUGGUACUCCUUUGCAAAACAACCUGCCCGAGUUGUGGGCGCUUCUUAACUUCGUUCUGCCGAACAUCUUCAAGUCCGUGAAGUCUUUCGAUGAGUGGUUCAAUACGCCUUUCGCCAACACUGGCGGCCAAGACCGUAUGGACCUCAGUGAAGAAGAACAGUUGCUUGUUAUUCGUCGUCUUCACAAGGUUUUGCGCCCCUUCCUGCUUCGUCGUCUCAAGAAGGACGUCGAGAAGGAUUUGCCUGACAAGCAGGAGCGAACCAAGCUCUACAAACAGCUUGUCACUCACAACAAGAUGGCCGUCAGUGACGGCAAGGGUGGCAAGACCGGUAUGCGCGGUCUCAGCAACAUGCUGAUGCAGCUGCGGAAGCUUUGUAACCACCCCUUCGUGUUCGAGCCCGUGGAAGAUCAAAUGAACCCCACUCGCAUGAGCAAUGAUCUUUUGUGGCGAACUGCUGGAAAGUUCGAGUUGCUUGAUCGUAUUCUGCCCAAGUUCCGUGCCACCGGUCACAGAGUCUUGAUGUUCUUCCAGAUGACGCAGAUCAUGAAUAUCAUGGAAGAUUUCCUUCGCCUGCGUGGCCUCAAGUAUCUCCGUUUGGAUGGUUCCACCAAGUCUGAUGAUCGAUCUGACCUUCUGAAGCUCUUCAACGAGCCCGGCUCUGAGUACUUCUGUUUCUUGCUUUCCACCCGUGCUGGUGGUCUGGGUCUCAACCUUCAAACUGCAGAUACCGUCAUUAUUUACGAUUCCGAUUGGAACCCUCACCAGGAUUUGCAAGCUCAAGAUCGUGCCCAUCGUAUCGGUCAGAAAAAUGAGGUUCGCAUUUUGCGUUUGAUUAGUUCCAACUCCGUUGAGGAGAAGAUCCUGGAACGUGCACAGUUCAAGCUUGACAUGGACGGCAAGGUCAUUCAGGCCGGAAAGUUCGAUAACAAGUCCACCAAUGAGGAGCGAGACGCGCUGUUACGUACCCUUUUGGAUACCGCUGAAGCCGCAGAGCAAAUUGGCGACCAGGAUGAAAUGGACGAUGAUGACCUGAACGAAAUAAUGGCCCGAUCCGAGGAAGAGAUCGGUAUCUUCCAGGAGAUCGACAAGCAGCGCCAGCUGACCUCCGAAUAUGGCCCUGGGAAACGCUUCCCUCGACUGAUGUGCGAGGAGGAGCUGCCGGAUAUCUACAUGCAGGAGGACAAUCCUGUCACCGAGGAAGUUGAGGCCGAAGUCAUGGGCCGUGGGGCUCGUGAGCGCAAGGUUGCCCGGUACGACGAUGGCCUAUCCGAGAGACAAUUCCUGGAAGCUCUGGAUGAUAGCGAUGAUGACGCUCCUACCCUGGACGAGGUCAUCGAGCGCAAUGCACGUCGCGCUGCCGACAAGAUGAACCGAAAGGAGGCCCGGAAGAGUGGCAAGCAUGACAUCGAGGCUUCUCCUGAACUGUCUUUGGAUGAGGAGGAAACUCCCCAGCGCAAGAAGCGUCGUCGCGUCCCGGCUCCUACUAAGCGCAAGGCCGAGGAAGUCGCCGAGGAGACUCCUCAGCCCAAGCGCAAGCGCGGUCGCCAGCCCAAGAUUCCAGACACUCUCAGCAGUGCUGAUCGUGCCACCCUGAACCGAAUUGUCACCUCCGUUGUUCAAUCGCUGAAGGAGAUGGAGCAGGAGAUUCAGGGUGAAUCUUCCGACAGCGAGGAAGGCCCGCUCGUGCGUGCAAUUAUUGAUCCGUUCAUGAAGCCCCCGCCGCGUGCUCAUUAUCCCGACUACUAUAUGAUCAUCAAGAACCCUAUCGCAAUUGACACCAUUGAGAAAAAGAUCAAGCGUGAUGACUAUCAGAGUCUGAAAGAAUUCCGGGACGACAUCCACCUGCUCUGCCAAAAUGCCCGGACGUAUAACGAGGACGGCAGUCUCUUGUACCAGGACGCCAAUGAUAUUGAGGCCAAGUGUGUCUCCGAGUUGAAGAGGCUAACCGCGGAGCAUCCCCAGUUUGCCAACUUUGAUGAGCCUGGUUCCGUGAUGGGCGACGGCCAAUCGACAGGCGCAAAUACGCCAAUGACUGCAGGAACUCCCGGACCGAAGCUCAAACUCAAGUUCAACAACAACAACUUUGACAGUGCCUCUAUGAAUGGAACCGAUUUCGGUGAUGAGGAAUGA